AUGAAUGGUGACUGCAUUGACGAAGACAACUCGCCCCUCAUAUUCCCGUCACUCGAGUCGAAUGCGAAGCGAGCAAUCUUAUCUGCUCAGGCUCCCCUAUACUGUUGCGAUUGCAAGCUAUCUGUCCCUUCCUCAUGA